UUAUAUAGAUAACGGCACAAUAGAAAAGAACCAAGCCUGGGUGCAGUAGAAAAAUACCUCCUGCAGUUUUCAAUGGAUUUAAAAAACUUAAAUAUCAGUGAAAAGCUAGUACCUCCAAAUUACCUCCGUUUGGCGGAAGAUGCUCAAAAAGUUAAGGAAAGAGAGCGGCAGGAGCUGUUGCAGAAGCGUAAGUUGCCAGUGCACGGUUGGACGGAUAAACACAUCGAAGAGCUGGUGCAACAGCUGUCAACGCUGGACAGUAACAAUUUUCCCAAGAAGGCAGGAGUGGGUGAACGCGAAGCACGCAUAGUAUGCCCGCUUGUGGCACGACGCCAUUAUAAUUUCGGCCAUGGCAUUGGACGUUCGGGCGAUUUGUUGGAAGCGCAACCAAAAGCGGCUGGCUCAACACUAAUGGCUAAUUUAACAAACGCACUGCUCCUUGAUCUCAUACAUGAAAUGGGUGUGCGCAGCUGCCGCAGUUGUUUCCUCGCCCCGCUUGCUACUGGUAUGUCACUGCUAUUGUGCCUACUCACACUGGGUAAACAGCGACCAAAAGCCAAAUAUGUGUUAUGGUCACGCAUCGAUCAGAAAUCAUGCUUUAAAAGCAUAAUAACAGCAGGUCUCACACCAUUGAUUGUCGAGCCGAAACUCCACAACGACGGCGCGCUUUCCACCGAUUUGCACACAUUCGAGCAGAAAGUGGACGACGUAGGAGCAGAGAAUAUACUUUGUUUUUGCACAACAACCAGUUGUUUUGCACCACGUAAUUGUGAUGAUAUCAUUGAAGUGGCAAAAUUGGCUGCGCGACAUGCAGUGCCACAUCUAGUAAAUAAUGCAUAUGGCUUACAAAGUACAUUUCUCACACAUCAGCUGGAGCAAGCACAGCGCUUGGGUCGCCUGGAUUUGUUUGUGCAGAGCACAGAUAAAAACUUAUUGGUGCCUGUUGGCGGUGCAAUCAUUGCUGGUUUUAAUGAACAACUGGUGCACAGUGUCGCAAAGGCUUACCCAGGACGCGCUUCAUCGGCGCAAACGCUUGAUGUAUUGAUGACACUGUUGUCACUGGGUCGUGAGGGUUAUAUGAAGCUAGUGAAAGAGCGAAAAAUAAAUUUUGAUUAUCUGCGCAUGCGUCUAUUCGAAUUUGCCGAGAGGCAUGGAGAACAGGUGAUUGAAACGAAAGGCAACCCAAUUUCGCUGGCUUUAAGCUUAAAACAAUUGCAGGACGCUGGUGCUGAACUAACCAAGUUCGGCUCAAUGUUAUAUACACGAGGUAUUUCCGGUGCACGUGUUGUAGUUGUGGGUGAUAGGCGCGAAAUUGAAGGGCAUACAUUUGUGAAUUGGGGCACACACCACUCAAAUACUCUAACUGCCUACUUAACAAUGGCCGCAGGUUUGGGCAUUACAAAGUCAGAAAUCGAUGAUUGCCUCGAAAAAUUAAAUGAGUGCUGGAAAACAUUUUUGCAUCAAAAAUUAAAAAAAUAACAAAUAUGCAUAUAAAUAAGUUAUUAAAUACUCAGUAGGUUGUUGUUGUUGUAGCAGCAUAAACAUUUCCCAUACAUAUACGAGGAACGCUGCUGAAGUGGCAGUCCACAACCAACUGUCGUGGAAACGUAUUACUUAGUAGCUCUUACGAUUAAAAACGAUGUUAAAUGAGCAUAAUUACAAUAUAAAAUUCUAUACUAAAAGCUGAGUCAUAAAAGUUUUGCACUUAUAAAUUCAAUAAAUUGUUGAUUAAUUAUACAA